ACUGAAGCCCUGACUACAACUGCAGCCCCCACAACAACUGAAGCCCUGACUACAACUGCAGCCCCCACUACAACUGAAGCCCCGACUACAACUGCAGUCCCCACAACAACUGAAGCCCUGACUACAACUGCAGCCCCCACAACAACUGAAGCCCUGACUACAACUGCAGCCCCCACAACAACUGAAGCCCCGACUACAACUGCAGCCCCCACAACAACUGCAGCCCCGACUACAACUGCAGCUCAAACAACAACUGAAGCCCUGACUACAACUGUAGCCACAACAACACCUGCAGCCCUUCCAAUAAUUGCAGCUCCCUCUACAACUGCAGCACCGACAACAACAGCAGCCUCCACUACAACUGAAACCCCCACUACAACUGUUGCUCAAACAACAACUGAAGCCCUGACUACAACUGCAGCCCCCACAACAACUGCAUCCCCCACAACAACUGUAGCCCCCAGAACAACUGAAGCCUUGACUACAACUGCAGCCUCCACAACAACUCAAGUCUUGACUACAACGUCAGCCACCACUACAACUGAAGCCUUGACUACAACUGCAGCCCCCACAACAACUGAAGCCCUGACUACAACUGCAGCCCCCACAACAACUGAAGCCCUGACUACAACUGCAGCCCCCACAACAACUGAAGCCCCGACUACAACUGCAGUACCCACAACAACUGCAGCCCCCACAACAACUGUAGCCCCCAGAACAACUGAAGUCUUGACUACAACGUCAGACACCACUACAACUGAAGCCCUGACUACAACUGCAGCCCCCACAACAACUGAAGCCCUGAGUACAACUGUAGCCCCCACAACAACUGAAGCCCUGACUACAACUGCAGCCCCCACAACAACUGAAGCCCCGACUACAACUGCAGCCCCCACAACAACUGCAGCCCUGACUACAACUGCAGCUCAAACAACAACUGAAGCCCCGACU